UGAAAAAUAACAGUUUCAACAGGGUGAGUGAAGCUGAGGUGUAAAAAAAUAGAGGAAAAUGGUUAAGCAGCAACAGCAGCAAAAAAACACAAUUACAUCCGAUCUGAAUUCAAUUCCAGCCCCAGUUGUCAUGGCCCCAUGAUGGGUUUAAAUACAUUUGAGUCAAGGAAAAUAAUGAAAUUGAUUUACAUUUAUAUUACUCGGUGUCGGUUAAAUUCAAUUAGGUCCAAUUCAUUUUGUUUAACCGUCAACAGCAGCAUAACACACCGGACAACUAAAGAUCUUAGACAAUUAGCUUUGAUUAUUUCUUAGCAAUCUAAAUUUGUUCCCUGUUUUUGAUAAACAAUCAAAUUAAUUUUUGUCGGAGCGUGAAUCUCUUGACAGUGAUGUUUUAAUAUUACAUAACGAUAUAUUGAACGGAUCGAUUAUCGGGAAUAUCCAAUUCAAAUUGUUUAAAAUUAAUUUUUUGAUUUAUUAUGAUUUACUAGCAUUACUUUUGCAUUUUAACUCGUUAUAAUGUGACUGUUCACAGUUAAAGGGUUUGUAAUCAAUUUUUUCACAUGACAUUUUGGGUAAAUUUGUAUGAGGAAGAUCAUUUGGAUCUCUCACAUGUUUGAUUGAGAGCCUCGGUUGUUUUCCUAUCUUUGCUCUCUAUUAUUCAUCUUUAAAUAAGUGUCAAUUGUAUUUAAAUUUGAUUAUUAUUGUGAAUUUUUCUCAAAGUUAACUGUCAAUUUAUAUCUAUGGUGUUAAUUAGAUAAAGAAUUGAAAAACCAAUUGGUCAUGAGCAAUUGUGAAUCUUGCUUCCAAUUCUGAUCCAACCCAGCAGACAUCAUCAUCACCUGAUUGAACCAUCUUUUUCAACAUAAAAUAUUGUUAUAGCUACUCUUAUAUAAAACAUUAAUAUUGAUGCAAUAACAUCAAUAUUGAUCGUGAAUAAUUUAAUAAAAAACGUAAAUUAUUAUUCCACCUGUUCGGUAAGAUGACCCUUAUCCGUUAUAUCAAAAACUCUCGAAACAACGAGACAUUAAUAGCUGGCGAAUACAUUUUCCGUAAAAACAAGAGCAGAGAUGAGAAGGUUUACUGGAAAUGUCGUAAAAAUAGUUGUCCAGCAAAAAUAACAACAUAUGCUGGUAAAGUAAUGGGUCAUUAUUUAAGACACAAUCAUGAUGAUAACAAUCAAGAUGAAAUUGCUCGUCUUGAAGGAUUAAAACCAACUACAAAUUUUCAGGUAACUCAGGUUGACGAUGAGGUUAGCCAGCAAAUUAUCACUACUGGAGAACCUUUUGGUGAAUACUCUUUCGCUGUCGAGAAUUUUGUUGUUACGUCAAGUGGAGAACCAGCGAGGCGAAUCGACUUUCUUCAAGACAAUACAAAUGGUAAUACAUCAGCUGAGACUACCAUUGUUGUUACAAACGCACCUCCAACUACUUCUGUAGUUUCUACGCCAUCAGCUUCAUCAUCAUUAUCUACCAUAUUCAAAGAAUUUAAUGAGUCUCAAAAAAAGAUUGAAUUGCUGGUCACCAAUCUUGCUACUACAAAUGGAACUGAUGACUUACAAACCGAAAACAUGAAGUUGAAAUUAGAAUUGGAUGAAGCUGUUCGAAAAUUCAGGAUUGAACUGGAAAACAAAGAGAUACAAUUUCAAGAAGAAAAAAAUCGAGGUGAUCUUAUUCAGAAGGAAUUGACGGGUCAAUUGGCUCUGGAAAGAUCUGAAAAGGAGAGGUUGGAGCAAGAAAACGAAAAGCUGAGAGAAAUUGUUAAACAGUACGAAUUACAACUUGCAGAAGAGGAAGUUGAAUGUACUAUAUCUCAAGUCUCUGAUACCAUGUCAUGUUAAUUGGUGGAUUUAUUGUUGCACUGUUACGAAUCACACCUACUUAUUUGCAUUUGACCAUUCACUCAGUCACAUUUAUUUGAUGUUGUCUUCAUUAUGAGCCUGCUGUCACCAAGUUCAGGGAACCAGGCUUAUCAAGCAUUCUUUAAUUGGACAAAAUCAACAUUUCCUUCUUGAUUUAAUUAUCAAACAUAAAUUUGAUAUCACAAAAAAAAGAAAAUGGUUGUCUGAUAGAAGACAUAAAACUCAACUCUUCGAGAGGCAUGUUGAGUGAUUAAAGCUGUUCAUUUCAAAUGGAAUCAACAUUUUUGCUUACUUCAUCGAGCAAUUUUUAUUUAUGUUGAACAAUUACUUUGUAACUCAUGUCAAUUUUUGAAUAAUUUUUGUUACUUAACAUUCGCCCAUUUGUGUAAAAAAUUAGUAGAUAACUUAUUAUACUGAUAAAUUUUCAGUGUUUAAACUUUUAUGCUUUUAUCUCAACUCCAAUGUAUAAACACACAUUGAUAUUUCAACUGUCUACAUACACUUAAGACUUCAAUGAAUUGAUGGCAUUACAAAAUAAACCAAUUGAAAGUUGA